AUGUCGGUUGUUUUCGUCAACAACCGCGAAGCAAUCAUCAUCACCAACUUCGCUGCCACCACUUCUGCGUCUUCCUCUCCCGGUCAUCAGUGCAUCUUCCACCAGAACCCGAUUGCAAAACCCGAUUUCAACCCGUCGACCGGCCGACCGAGACAAUGCCUGGCGGUAACAGAACCACCCAGCACCAUUGCCAAGCGUGCCGAGAGAGAGGCACGAAAGGAGAAAAGAGGCGAGAGCAGCGGCAGCGGCAGCGGCGGCAAAAGUCGCAAGAAGAACAACAAGGCCAACAACAACGGCGAGGAGGACGAGGCGGGGCCGGCGAACGGCAAGAAGGCCGACGCCGGCAUCUACACGUACUUCUUUCUCUUCCGGGGCAGCUUGGAGCAGAGGAGCCUGGGCUUCACCAACCGCGAGUGCCAUCGUGAACUCGCGGCCCCGAAAAUUUCCGUCAAGUCGACCAAGCGCGCGAAGCACAACGCGUGGUCCUCUGAGAUAUCUCCGGACCGGGGAGGGUACCACUCAGAUACACCCGGAACAGACCAAGUCGCACGCGAGACCGCGGCGACGAUCUGGGGGACGAAACCCAAUAUGCGCGGCACCGUCCUCCCCUCGCUUCUCCUCGCCUCGGCCGCCAUCGCUUCCGCAGGCCGCCUAGAAUGUUUCCGCACGCGCAGCCGGGAGCUCGCGUCGGCCGCGUCGUGCGGUGACGCAGGCUCGCUCAGCGACUGCUUCUCAAACCUGCCCCUGUCCACACCGCCCGAGGCCCUCGUACAGGAGCUCGAGCGCUGCUUCGUCUCGGCGGGCUGCACGUCCGCCGAAUCCAAGAUCGAGGGCGCUUGGGUCAUGCGGCGAUGCGACGCCGGCUCGCCCGACCUCCGCCGCGCGCGCCACCAGCCCGACAGUGACGACCCCCUUCUGGUCGCGGCGAAAGACCCACAACUUGGCCCCCGCGACGCCCUCCCAGCCAUGACCGCCAUGGUCCUCCCCCGCCAGACCACCGCCGGCGCAGCGACCGCGACCGGCUCCAACACCCUGACCUCGCCCUCGCCCUGCUUCACCGACUCGACCACCUCGACCACGACGUGUCCAGUCCAGACAACCGGCCCGGACGCCGGCAAGCGGCUGGCGUGCUCCACCAUCGUCAUCACCAGCGCGGUGUGCCGCGAGGGCCUGAUCUGCAAGUCCGACAGCGAGGGCAACCCGUCGUGCAUGUACAAGCACUCGGCGCUGGGCGUGGACGGGAUCAUCAUCGCGAUCGUCUUCGCGGGCGCCCUCUUCGUCGGCCUGCUGUCCGUCUGCAUCCUCUGCUGCCGCGAGCGCGCCGAGCACCAGCGCCUCGAGCGCGCCGCCGAGGCCGCCCGCAUCGCCAAGGAGGCCAAGGCCCAGGCCACCGCCGCCGCCAAGCGGCCCGGCCUGUCCGUCACCGGCCCCGUCAGCGGCCCCGCCGUCGAGGGCCAGCCGCUCAUGUACCAGGGCGGCGACGCGCCCUCGUCCCCCGGCGCGCAGCAGAUGUCCUUCGCCCAGCAGCCGUACCAGCACCAGCAGCAGGGCUAUGGCGCUCCGAAUCCGUUCGCGGAUGGCGCGCACGAUGGCCAUGCGUUGAGGUGAGCGGGAGUUUGAACCUGUGAGCCAAAAACGUGUGAGCUUGUGCCCCAGAUUUGAAUGGUGGACUCUAUCCCCAUGAUCUGCGGAAUGGUAGAGAAAAGUGCGGAUGGUGGUUUUGGGCCAAGGGGAGGAGAAUGAUAGGGAACCCGGGAAGUAGUUUGGGGAGCUAUGUCUGCGUGCUGCUUUGUAUCUCAGCUUUGUUUUUGGUAAUCCAUAGGACUCUCUUGGUAAG